AUGGUGCCACCAACAGAAGGUGACAAGAACAGUGCUGAGCAGUCAGCUCUAGAGCUCCAGGGUGAAAUUUGUUGUAUAGUCAUCGCUUACAGACUCUAUCAGGAGAUGGAUGAAGUUAACAGCUCAGUUCGCACUAGUGUGAAGGGAGUGGCUUACACAAACAACAGGAUCUGGGAUACAGCAGAACACACUAUACCAAUGCAGGCAAUAAAGUCUUUUUUUGUGAUGACUAACACCAUUAAGACAGAGAAUCAGCUUGCGCAGAGGUGCCCUGAGUAUCCCUUCGCCAAAGCUACCUGCUCUUCAGACAAGUCCUGUGAAAAAGGGAGUGUAGAUAUCCACAGUCAUGGAAUUCGAACAGGAAGAUGUCUGAAUUAUAAUGCAACUGUUAAAACCUGUGAGGUCAGGGCAUGGUGCCCUGUGGAAUCCAUGGAAAACCCUCCUGAGCCUGCUGUUCUGAGGAGUUCUGAAGACUUCGCUGUGCUAAUAAAGAACAACAUUCACUUCCCCAAAUUUAAUUACACCAUACUAAAUGUUCCACCAAAUUUAAAUACUUCCUGCAUAUACAACAAGAUAACUUCCCCGCUCUGUCAUUUCCAUCUGGGAGAUAUCCUUCAGGAAGCAAAAGAGAGUUUUUCUGAGGUGACAGUAAAGGGAGGAAUCAUUGCCAUUGAGAUUAACUGGGACUGUAACUUGGACAGUUGGUUUUACGACUGCAGUCCGAAGUAUGGUUUCCGCCACCUUGAUGACAAAAAAAUACAGCCUGAAUUCCACUUCAGCUAUGCAAGGUCCUACAAGCUACCACAUGGGAAGGAGCAGAGAACCCUUUUCAAAGUCUAUGGAAUACGGUUUGAUGUCCUUGUCUUCGGCGCAGGUAGAAAAUUUAACAGCAUUGAACUCAUUAAAAACAUUGGGUCCAUGAUCUCCUAUUUUGGUUUGGUUGUGAGUGCCAUUGAAAUUGCUAUUUGUGUAGGUAAUCGCUCCAGCUGUGGCAAAUCGCCACUCUACAAAAUUUACAACAGGAAGAAGUAUGAGACUGUGCUGAAUCCAAGACAGGUAAUGUAUGUGUCCUAGGUUGAUGAGCCACAUGUCGCCUUGAUAAAGAAGCCUCUGAAAACAAGCUUGCAGCAUGCUCAAGGCAGCAUUGCUGAGAGCCACCCUGUGAAAUUCUGUGAUGCUGGCAGCUGCUGCACCAGCGAGUCCAACAAGAACCAUGAUAAUGAAGAACACGAGCUGGGGCAACCUCUCAGCCAAGGGGCCUCUUCCCCAGACUGCCAAAAGUGGUGCUGCUGUGGCAAAUGCCAGCCAACACCGAAGUACCAUGACCAGCUCUGCUGCUGAAGGAAAAAAGGGCAGUGCAUCACAACCUCCCAUUGGUUUCAGCGGCUGGUGCUGUCCAGUCACACCCCGAAGAAAGCCCUUCUCUACAAAGACGCCUUUCUGGACUUGACGGAUGGCAAUAUCAACAACCAGCUGCGUCACCUUGCUUACAAGCAAUAUGUUCACCGGCGCUUUGGCUCUUUUGAUCUGGAAGACAGAGCCGUCAUCCCAAGCUGCUGCAGGUGGAAAAUUAGAGAUACUUAUCCCAAAGCAAGUAACAACUAUACUGGUUUUAAGAUGGAAUAA